AUGAUUGCGCUGCUUGUUGCCAGUUUUGCUUUAUUAAACGCUGUCUCCAUGCUAUAUAUUGCAUUGCUCUUAGCUUGUAUUCUGCUGAAGCGGCAUGCUAUACAAAAAUCGUGGCCUGUGUUUGUCUCUUUAUUUGCUUUAAUUCUCAUUCUCGAGUACUUUGUCAUCUUGAAGAAGAUGUUGCCUUCAGGACUGAUUGUUGAUGAUCCUCGUAUGCUUAUCAGCUAUUUUGUGGUGUUUAUGCUUGCUUGCUUCAAACUUCGUGCUGAUCACUUGUCCAGAUUCCCUGAAUCAUCAACAUAUAGGCAGAUGAUGUCUCAGCGUAAAAACUCAUUUGUCUGGAGAGAUCUCUCUUUUGACACUAAAAGCAUGUGGACCUUUCUUGACUAUCUGAAGCUUUACUGUUAUUGCCAUCUAUUGGAUCUUGUGCUUGCAUUAAUUUUGAUUACUGGAACUCUCGAGUAUGACAUUCUACACCUGGGUUAUCUUGCUUUUGCUCUCGUUUUCUUUCGGAUGAGACUCGAAAUACUGAAGAAGAAGAACAAAAUAUUCAAGUUCUUGCGGAUAUACAACUUUGCUCUUAUUAUUCUUUCUCUUGCCUAUCAAUCCCCUUUUGUGGGCGAGUUUAGUGCCGGAAAGUGUGAAACAAUUGAUUAUAUAUAUGAGGUGAUUGGAUUUUAUAAAUAUGACUAUGGAUUUCGGAUUACUGCAAGAUCUGCUCUUGUUGAGAUUAUCAUAUUUAUGCUGGUAUCACUACAAUCAUAUAUGUUUUCAUCCCAAGAAUUUGAUUACGUUUCCCGAUAUCUUGAAGCAGAGCAAAUUGGUGCUAUUGUGCAUGAACAAGAGAAGAAAGCUGCAUGGAAAACUGCUCAGCUUCAACAGAUUCGUGAAUCUGAGGAGAAGAAAUGGCAGCGUAAUCUACAAGUAGAGAAGAUGAAAUCUGAAAUGCUGAACUUGCAAAUACAGCUUCAUAGCAUGAACUCAAGUACUAAACGUGGGGAUGUUUCUCCUGGUAAUGAAGGCCUAAGGAGGAGGAGGAACACUUCUUGUACUUCCAAAAGGGAUGUUGAUAGCCCUGAUAAAGAGGAGAUCUGGCUGACAAAACAAGAGCAGAUUAUAAAAGAGGACAGAGUGUUGCCUUCUGUGGUGCAUGAAUCUCCUGAUACAAAGAUGGAAAGUCUAGAAGCAGUAGGGUCUUUGAGGCACUCAAUGGAAUUUCCUCCCAGUGAGAUUACUGAAAUCGAACAGGAUGGUGAUGGUGCAUUUUUUAAUACUGAAAGAAAGGAGAAAGACCAAGCAAAGGAAAAUCCUCUAAUGUCUGCUGUCCAGCUGUUUGGAGAUGGUGUUUCCCAGGUACAGUCUAUUGGAAAUCAGGCAUUUAACAACAUUGUGAGCUUCUUGAACAUCGCACAAGAAGAUUCAGACUUGAAUGAGCAGUCCUCUGCUGAUGAUGAGAUCUACGAUGAGAUGGAAAGCCAGACAAAGAGGUAUACAUGUUUAGAUCGUUCAUCUUCUCUGCAAUCAGAGAGUUCUGAUGCGACAAGUUUGCAGUUAGGAAGGAUAUUCCGUCACAUAUGGUCUCAGAUGCAGUCUAACAAUGAUGUAGUGUGUUACUGUUGCUUCAUUCUGGUCUUUCUUUGGAACUUCAGUCUGCUUUCCAUGGUUUAUCUUGGGGCUCUCUUCUUGUAUGCUUUAUGUGUGAAUACUGGCCCUAAUUACAUCUUUUGGGUUGUUAUGCUAAUCUACACAGAAGUCUAUAUUUUGCUCCUGUAUCUCUACCAGAUUGUAAUCCAGCACUGUGGUUUGAAAAUUGACUCAAGCUUACUUCAUGAGUUAGGAUUCCCCACACAUAAAAUCAAAUCAUCAUUUGUUGUCAGUUCACUGCCUCUUUUUCUUAUAUAUUUGUUUACCCUCAUUCAGAGUGCAAUAACAGUAAAAGAUGGUGAAUGGAUGCCUUCUACAGAUUUCAGUUACCGCAGGAGAGCUUCCUCUAGAAAAGAGAUUCUUAAAAAUUAUAGUUUGAUCGAGAGGGCAGAGGAGCUCUUCUACGUAAUGAGGGAUCUUUUGAGAUCGCUAGUCAGAAACACUUUUAGGUACUGGAUAUCUAUGACACAGGGAGCAGAAUCUCCUCCUUAUUUUAUCCAGGUUUCUAUGGAUGUUCAUCAGUGGCCAGAGGAUGGGAUUCAGCCAGAGAAGAUUGAGUCUGGAAUAAAUCUGCUACUUAAAAAAGUUCAUGAUGAACGAUGCGAGAAAGAAAAUCCAGAUUUCUGCCCUUUCUCUAGUAGGGUUCACGUUCAAAGCAUUGAAAGAAGGCAAGAGAGCCCAAAUAUGGCGAUGAUUGUUCUUGAGGUUGUGUAUGCCUCCCCUCUGAUAGAUUGUUCUUCAGCAGAAUGGCAUAAAUCGCUGACGCCUGCAGCUGAUGUAGCAAAAGAAAUUCUACAAGCAGAACGAGCUGGAUAUGUUGAAGAAAUUGGAUUCCCAUAUCCAAUCCUUUCUGUGAUUGGAGGAGGAAAAAGGGAAAUUGAUCUCUAUGCCUACAUAUUUGGUGCAGAUUUGACUGUGUUCUUUCUAGUUGCAAUUUUCUAUCAGUCUGUCAUAAAAAAUAAAAGCGAAUUCCUUGAUGUCUAUAAGCUUGAAGACCAGUUUCCAAAAGAAUUCGUAUUUAUAUUAAUGAUUAUCUUUUUCUUGAUUGUCCUCGAUCGCGUUAUUUACCUAUGCUCAUUCGCCACCGGAAAAGUGAUUUUCUACCUUUUCAAUCUCAUUCUCUUUACAUAUUCAGUUACAGAGUAUGCUUGGCACACAGAACCCUCCCAGCAACAUGCUGCUGGGUUUGCACUUCGUGUUAUAUUUCUUGCAAAAGCAGUUUCUCUAGCGCUGCAGGCCAUACAAAUCCGACAUGGAAUUCCUCAUAAAAGCACCUUGUAUCGCCAGUUUCUGACAAGUGAAGUUUCACGAGUUAACUACUUAGGUUACAGACUUUAUCGUGCUCUACCGUUUCUUUAUGAAUUGCGAUGUGUACUUGAUUGGUCAUGUACAACCACAUCUUUGACAAUGUAUGACUGGCUGAAGAUGUACAGCAGUGGUAACCCCACUAACAUUGCGAACCCUAUUAAUGAUGCUAGUGUCCAAAUUGAUAUUAAGACAGUGAGUGGAAAGCUGACUUUGUAUCAAACAACUUUGUGUGAGAAGCUCCCAUGGGAAAAGCUCAAUUCUUAUUACAAUCUCGAUCCCCGUCACUAUUUGGAUACUUAUAAUAAAAAUGACAUCCAGUUGAUAUGCUGCCAAGCUGAUGCUAGCGUGUUGUGGCUUGUUCCUGAUGUGGUUGAGUCCAGAUUCACACAGUCCCUUAAUCGGGAGACCGAUAUGGAUAUCACUUUUACAUGGGUCCUUACCAGGGAUCGACCCACAGGCAAGGAAGUAGUGAAAUAUGUUAGAACUGUGGAUCGCGUGGAUCUUCCAGAAAGAUCAGAUGUCCAAAAAGUUUUGAAUGGUUCUACAGACAGCUUUAGGGUAUACAAUCUUUAUCCAAAAUACUUCCGUGUUACUGGUUCUGGUGAAGUGAGACCCUUUGAACAAGAGGUAAAUGAAGUUAGCGCAGACCUGCAAAUGAAUCGUGCAGAUUUCAAGUGGUGGUCAUUUCAUGACAUCAACUCAACUGAUAUACUUGGCUGUGGAGGUCUUAAAGGACCCAUGGCCAUCAUAAUGUCUGAGGAAAUACCUCCACGUAUUCCUAUUUACUUACCUUCUCGCCCUCCACACCCGGACUUCAGUGAAAAAAAUGCACUUAGUAAAAAACAGGAAUUCAUCUGCAUUGAAUAA